AUGUCUCAAGUGAAUCAAUUAACUUUGACAGCCCUAGCUGCAAGCAAUAUGAUACAGGAAUUACGAAGCGUGCGAGAAUCAUUGCUGGACACGAUCACAGAUAUUUAUCAUGGGAGAUUUAAUUUCCAUCUCUUGUCUCCAGAGCAGCUUAGAAAUGAACUCGGUAUCAUAGCAAGCCAAAUAUCGAAGGAGCUAGCCUUACCAAUCGAAAACAUACUAGCAACCCUUGAAAGUAUUUAUCACCUCUUAACAAUAAAGGCCAGAAUUUGCGAAGAGUACCUACUGUUCGAGAUAAAGGUGCCGCUCAACAGUAGAGAUUCCUUCGAAAUAUUUCAUCUUAUUCCAGUACCGACCAAGAUUAAUAACAGCAAAAUGGUUAACACGAUACUAAUAUCGAAAUACGUGGCCAUAAACCUAGCAAAGGAUGCGUACAUUGUGAUGGGUAUAGAUGAAAUUUCAUCAUGCAGUCAGCAAAAUGACAAGUACAUAUGUCAAUUAAAGAAACCAGUUUACCAUCUCUCACAAGACGAGAAAUUCCGUGACUUCGAUAAUAGUAAACAACAGUGUAAAACUGUUGUGGACUCCUGCAAUAAUAAAUGGACUGAAUUAAACGACAUAAACAAGAUAGAUAUACUUUUGUUGUGA